AUGUCCGAAUCGAGCGAUGAUGAGACUUGGAUCCAGUGGUUUUGUAGCCAAAGAGGGCACGAGUUCUUCUGCGAAAUCAGCGAAGAUUACAUAAGAGACAAGUUCAACCUGACGAAUUUGAAUGAACAAGUUCCUUAUUACAGACAGGCGCUGGACAUGAUUCAAGAUUCAUACUACGACUCGGAUGAGAUGGAAGACGAGCAACUCCAUGCAGGUGAUGUGCAAAGAUCAGCAAAAAUGUUAUAUGGACUAAUUCACGCAAGAUUUAUUUUGACAAACAGGGGUAUUGCAAUGAUGAUGGCAAAAUGGAGAGACGGACAUUUCGGCCAAUGCCCAAGAGUUCAUUGUCAGGGCGAGCAUGUAUUGCCAGUUGGAGAAUCGGAUAUUCUUGGUCACAAACAAGUAAAGCUGUAUUGUCCGAAAUGCAACGAUAUCUUCAACCCCAGUACAAAAUACUGUACACUUGAUGGUGCCUACUUUGGGACAGGUUUUCCGCAAAUGGCAUUGAUGGUUCAACCAGCCAACCGACCUCAACCACCCACUUCGUCAUACACUCCUACUCUCUACGGCUUUCAAAUUCAUCCAUCAGCACUUCAAAAUUUCAACAGUUCUGCCAAUGCCAACGAUGCAAAUUAA